AUGGCCGCUCCCAAACAAGUUUUCAUUGGAAUUAUCGGCGCCGGAGGUGUCGGCAAGGCCUUCAUCGACCAGCUCCAAUCCCUCGCUGCUCGGAAGCCAUCACCGAAGCUGAACCUCGCAUACAUUGCUACGAGCCGCAAAGCCCUCUUCAACGACGACUACUCUCCCAUUAACCUCGGGAACGUCAUCGACACACUUGGCUCCUCUACCAAGGCUCCUCUCGCUCUCCCUCAGGUCGUCGAGUACCUGGCCAAGGCUCCCGCCAAAAGCGUUCUUGUCGACAACACCAGCUCUCAGGAUGUUGCGGAACUUUACCCUCUUGCUCUGAGCCGAGGCAUCAGCAUCGUUACACCCAACAAGAAGGCCUUCUCAGGCUCAUACAAGUUGUGGCAGGACAUCUUCUCAGCUGCCGAGUCCUCUGGAGCCCGUGUCUACCAUGAGUCUUCCGUCGGUGCUGGUCUUCCCGUUAUUUCCACCUUGAAGGACUUGGUCGAGACUGGUGACAAGGUUACCAAGAUUGAGGGUGUCUUCAGCGGCACCAUGUCCUUCCUCUUCAACUCUUUUGCGCCCACCGAGGGCCAGGGCGGCAAGUGGUCUGAGGAGGUCAAGAAGGCCAAGUCCUUGGGAUACACUGAGCCUGACCCCCGAGAUGACCUCAACGGUCUUGAUGUCGCCCGUAAGCUGACUAUCCUCGCCCGUCUGGCUGGCAUCCCCGUUGAGUCCCCCACUUCUUUCCCCGUGCAGAGCCUCAUUCCCAAGGAGCUCGAGUCUGUUUCCAGCGGCGACGAGUUCCUUGAGAAGCUCCCCGCCUUUGACUCUCAGAUGGAGGAGACAAAGGCUGCCGCUGAGAAGGCUGGUAAGGUUGUCCGAUUUGUUGGUAGCAUUGAUGCUGCUUCCAAGCAGGUUAAGGUUGGCCUGGAGCAGUUCGACCGCUCGCACCCCAUUGCUGCUCUUAAGGGUAGUGAUAACAUUAUCAGCUUCUACACUGAGAGAUAUGGAAGCAACCCUCUGAUUGUCCAGGGUGCUGGUGCCGGAGGUGAUGUGACCGCCAUGGGAGUGACAGCUGAUCUGAUCAAGGUCCUGUCGCAAAUUGCAUAA